GAGAUGGGGGAAAGGGGAAAUCUAUGAAAUCUACUUACAGAUUCAUAAUGAAUGCGCUCUGUGAUAUAAUCUAGUCUCCAGCAGAGUUUACAAAAGUCCCAUCAGACUUCGAAACACAAUGACUUUCAGUAGAUCUAGAUCUAGAUCUAGAUCUAUAUAGCAAAUGAUACCAACGGGUUACUGAAGUCUCUGUCCAACUUCAAUGAGAGAAAUGCAUUCGCUGAAUAUAGCCUGCCCACACUGAAAGGGACCCUUAUGAAGAGGGGUGAGGAAGCAUGGAGCACCCCGUCUUCCUUAGACCCCAGUUCUACAUUCAAGUAUUAAAUCCAAGUCAGGGGGCCACAGUGGUUGAGCAAUUUAAGAACUUCUGGACGUUCAUCCACUCGACGAACGGAAAUACCACCGACAGGUCACCCCCAAACAGAGAUCCGACACCUGUGGUAAAAAACGGAAACCAGGGUACUCCAGUUUUGCUGCCGACAAAGGAUGACGACAGAUUUGGCAAUGAGACCAUAGACACUCCGGGCGGAGAAAACGGCGGGGACCAGAUGGGUUUGGAGCCUCACCAGAAGGGCUUGGGUUCUGAUGAGUUGGGUUCAGAUCCUGGCUGUGGGCGGACGAAAGGAUGUUUUACAAACUGCCAAACAAGCGACGUGUGCACCUACAGUAUUUCAUGGGUUCCAGGAAACAACACUGUAUCUUUCAAGUUUAUCUACCUGAUGGGAGGCCAAACAGACCAGUGGAUCGCCAUCGGACUUUCCCACGACACUGUUAUGGGUGAUGACAAUGUAUUGGAAUGUGUGUCGGAUGGGGACAGGGUGUUCAUUCGUACUUCUUACAACAGAGAUAAAAUCAACGAAUACCCAGAUGAUAAAACGGCUGCUUUGUCGGAGAUGAAGGGUUCUGUUGUAGACGACAUCUUGACUUGUAGCUUUCAGAGGCAAAAUAAAUACCCAAGGGAGGCACGUGUGUUUGAUUUACAUACGCCUUACUAUCUCUUCGUUGCUUUUGGCGAGGCACUGGCAGGGGGUAACAAGUUUCCCCACUCUUAUAUCGAAUUGCCACAUGUAUCUAGUAAGAAGAUCAGUUUUUUGAGUGUCAAUGAAGUUACAAAAGGAACUUAUUCAUAUUACAACAUCCUCGUCAAAGCUCACGGAAGCAUCAUGAUAGUAGCCUGGAUCAUCUUCGCCAACAGUGGUACAUUCGUUGCCCGCCGGGGUCGCUCCCUAUUGGCUGGUGUCAAGCCGGGUGGGAAGGACGCCUGGUUUCAGGUUCACCGUUUCACGAUGUCCAUGACAGCUUUUCUAACGGUUGUUGGCUUUAUUAUUAUCGUCGUUCAUUCUCAAGGACACCUGCUUAUUCCUCAGGGCGAUGGCUACUACUACAGGAUGCUCCACUCACCCCUUGGCCUCCUGCUGCUGGUGCUUACCUUAGUGAAUGCUUCUAUGGCGACCUUCCGACCAGAACCCUCUUCCUCAAAUCGCCUCAUGUUCAAAUGGACACAUUGGGGAUUGGGCAUCUUCUCCUACAUCUUAUCACCCAAAACGAACAGCUAUGACCUCAGCAACCCAUACAUAACGACCAAUGAAGUCGCUCUCAAUACAGAAACAAUUACCUCAAUGAUAAGAAAGGGACAGAAUAACAUAAUUGAAGGUGCCCGCAGCUUUCUCCUGAUCUUCCACAUUAUGGCCGUUGUCGGGUUCGGCGUGGCCAUACUCUACUUCUUCCUCUUUUAACCUGUGGAGGGCGCUUAAUGAGGAGCCAGUGACACAAGCGAAAGAAAAUAAAAGCCAGAAGUACAUUGUUUAUUUGUUUUGUUGGGUUUGAACAGCACUGACUGACAAACUGCAGUCCAACUCGGGGAGAGGAGGAGGACUGACACUUGUAAAGCUAACAUACGACAACAAGCUGGAAAAAUAGGUGUGACAAACAGCCAAAAGGAUUAAUUACUAAAUGCAUUGGUUGUCAGAUGCCAGUUAGCUUUCUCAAAAAUACCUCAUGGUUUUCUACAAGAUAGAAUGCAUUAAAAGUUCGAAUGAAUGUC